AGAAUACUGAAGGAGACUCAGCGGAGAGACAACAUCUUUGAGCAACAGAGAGAUUAUAACUAAAAGUACUCUAAAGUAUCAACCAAAAUGUCCUCAGCUAAGGGAGUAUCCAUUGGCAUUGAUCUGGGCACCACCUAUUCUUGUGUGGGGGUUUUCCAGCAUGGCAAAGUGGAGAUCAUCGCUAACGACCAGGGAAACAGGACCACUCCCAGCUAUGUGGCCUUCACUGACACAGAGAGGCUCAUUGGAGAUGCUGCCAAGAACCAGGUUGCCAUGAACCCCACCAAUACAAUUUUUGAUGCCAAACGACUCAUCGGGAGAAAGUUCAGUGACUCUGUUGUCCAGACUGAUAUGAAACUCUGGCCUUUCAAGGUGAUCAGUGAUAAUGGUAAGCCCAUAGUCCAGGUGGAGUACAAAGGGGAGAUCAAGGCCUUCUACCCAGAGGAGAUUUCUUCCAUGGUGCUAGUUAAGAUGAAGGAGAUUGCUGAGGCUUACUUGGGACAGAAGGUGUCAAAUGCAGUGAUCACAGUUCCAGCUUAUUUUAACGACUCCCAGAGACAAGCUACGAAAGAUGCUGGUGUGAUCACUGGACUCAAUGUUCUAAGGAUCAUCAAUGAGCCCACAGCAGCAGCCAUCGCAUAUGGCCUGGACAAAGGCAAAAGAGGAGAACGUAAUGUGCUCAUUUUUGAUCUGGGUGGAGGCACCUUUGACGUGUCCAUCCUGACUAUCGAUGAUGGCAUCUUUGAGGUGAAAGCCACUGCAGGAGACACACACCUCGGAGGAGAGGACUUUGACAACCGCAUGGUUAACCACUUUGUAGAGGAAUUCAAAAGAAAACACAAGAAGGACAUCAGCCAGAAUAAGAGGGCAGUGAGGAGGCUGCGUACAGCCUGUGAGAGAGCCAAAAGGACCCUGUCCUCCAGCACCCAGGCCAGCCUCGAGAUUGACUCUUUGUUUGAGGGUAUUGACUUUUACACUUCCAUCACAAGGGCACGCUUUGAGGAGCUCAACUCUGAGCUCUUCAGGGGAACACUGGAGCCGGUUGAGAAGGCCCUUUCAGAUGCCAAGCUGGACAAGUCCAAGAUCCAUGAAAUUGUCCUGGUUGGUGGCUCCACGAGAAUCCCCAAAAUCCAGAAGCUCCUGCAGGACUUUUUCAAUGGCAGAGACCUGAACAAGAGCAUCAACCCAGAUGAAGCUGUAGCCUAUGGAGCAGCAGUCCAGGCUGCUAUCCUCAUGGGAGACACUUCAGAGAAUGUCCAGGAUCUGCUGCUGCUGGAUGUGGCCCCCCUGUCUCUGGGUAUUGAGACCGCAGGUGGAGUCAUGACCCCUCUUAUCAAACGAAACACCACCAUCCCCUCCAAGCAAAACCAGAUCUUCUCCACGUAUUCGGAUAACCAGCCAGGUGUGCUGAUCCAAGUGUAUGAAGGUGAGAGGGCCAUGACCAAAGACAACAACCUCCUGGGAAAGUUUGAACUAACAGGUAUCCCUCCUGCACCUCGAGGCGUGCCACAGGUGGAGGUAACUUUUGACAUCGAUGCCAAUGGCAUUCUGAAUGUGUCUGCAGUGGACAAAAGCACUGGCAAAGAGAACAAAAUCACAAUCACUAAUGACAAGGGCCGCCUAAGCAAAGAGGACAUAGAGCGGAUGGUGCAGGACUCUGAGAAGUACAAAGCAGAGGACGACAUCCAGAGGGAGAAGAUAGUGGCAAAGAACUCUUUGGAGUCAUAUGCCUACCACAUGAAGAGCAGUGUUGAGGAUGAGAGUCUGAAAGGAAAGAUUAGUGAGAAGGAUAAAAAGAUGGUUGUUGACAAGUGUAACCAGACAAUCUCCUGGCUGGAGAACAACCAGCUGGCGGAGAGAGAUGAGUACGAGCAUAAGCAGAAGGAAUUAGAGAAGGUGUGCAAUCCAAUUGUGAACAAGUUGUACCAGCAGGGGUCAGCACCGUCAGGAAGCAACAGCAACAAGGCUGGGGGUAGCUCUCAGGGCCCCACUAUCGAGGAAGUUGACUAAAAUGAUGGAUUAAUGAUAUUUAUUUUACAGAGACGUCCAGGCUUCAUCAUCACUGUUCAAUUGUCGUAAAAUUAUGUCAUUUCAUUGUUUUUUUUCUUGACUUGUCUAAACAAUUUUUUUCUUUCAAAUAACACACUCACAUAUUGGUCUCUUGUUACUCGUAUGGAUGAUUUAUUUAAUUUUUCCCUAAAAAAAUCGAUAGAUCACAUUGUUUCACUUUUUAACAAAACAAGACAAUGACAACAUUUUUCAACACAUACUGUAGGUGACUUACAGUACUUGAUCCUAUCUGCAACUUGUAGGUAAUCAAAGCAGAGGUAUUUGUAACAUAAAGUACUGGCUAAAGAAAGCAUCAGUGUUUAGCUAAGCUUUACCAACUGGACAACGAGAUUAUGUAUCUUAAUUCAUCACAAAUAAAUCAGGUGACAAUUUCCCCCAUUUUUUUUUUAACCUUUGUGCCUCUGCACUACCUUGAAUACCAUAUACUCAUGUUGAAAUUAUACAAAUAGUGUUCAAUAUAAUUUCAUAGUGCCUUGAGUAAUUUGUUUGUGAAGCAAGUGUGAAGUUGCCUAUCUUAAUUCAAAACAAAACAAAAUACAAUUUCAAAAUAAAAUGUCCUCUUCAAGA